AUGUUGCCCGCUCCUUUCGAGCUAGGCAAUCGCUCCACUCCCCUUCUAGAGCUUUCCAAAGCGCAGCCGGCUCGAAAGGGCCUAGAGGACACUCUUCUGUUCUUUCUAGACAUCCGGGAGCUGAUUGAAGUGGAUGAUGUGAUGGAGGAUGCAUCGCUGAGAUUUGGUCCCAACGGAGGACUGGUGUUCUGCAUGGAGUACUUUGCCAAUAAUUUUGACUGGCUGGAGGACUGUCUCGGCCAUGUGGAGGAUGACUACAUCCUUUUUGACUGUCCAGGUCAGAUUGAGCUGUACACGCAUUUGCCUGUGAUGAAGCAGCUAGUCCAGCAGCUGGAGCAGUGGGAGUUCCGAGUCUGUGGAGUUUUUCUUGUCGAUUCCCAGUUCAUGGUGGAGUCAUUCAAGCUCGUCAUGGGCCCCGCCGGCAGCGGGAAGGUGAGGAGCGGAGAGUCGCCGCUGUGGGGAGGCGGGGCGCCGGGGCUGCGGCGGGGCAGCGGGCCUGUGAAACCGGGGGCCUCGGACGACCCCCUGUGCCCCCGCGCUUCAGGCUCCGUUCUGCUCUUGCUCGGGACUAAAGCCAACAAACGCGGACGUGAAGGCCGCCGCGGCCCCUGGCAUCGGAACCCACCCGAAGCCCGGCCGGGAGACCCGCAGGACGGGGCGAGGCCGGGCCCCGGGGCGUCCCCCCGCCCGGUCCCCGCCGUCCGGCCGCGGGGGCCCCCGCCGGGGCCCGAGCGCCACAGGCCCCGGCCCCGGCCCCGGCCCCGGCCCCGGCCCGCCUCCGCCACCCGCCAACGCGAAGGGCCCCGCCCCGAGCCGGGCUCCGCGCACACGCGGGGGGCCGUGCCUCACCGGCGGCCGCCACCCUCGGCCUCGGCCCCGAGGGGCCCCUCAGCCUGGCCCGGCAUCGCCUUGCACCCGGUGCCCGGCGCGGGGCUCGAGCGCCGGGGACGCCGGGAGCGUGCGGAGGGCCGGGCGGCGGACCCCGGUGCGCAAGGCGCGGGGCGCGCGGCGAGAACGCGCGGCGGGAACGCGGGCGAGUGGACGUGCCCGGAGACCACGUGCUCCACCCCCAACGACCCUCGGCACCGCAAAAGCACCUACUGUUCCACUAUGGUGCAGCACUGUGAAGCCCUCAGCCGGUCUGUCCAGGUGGUCAACCUAGACCCAGCGGCCGAGCACUUCAACUACCCUAUUGACGACUACAGCAUGGUGCGGUUUUUACCAUAUGAUCACUCAGAUGAGGAGAGCAUGAACAUUGUGUUACAGAAUAUCGAUUUUGCCAUUCAGUAUGGAGAGGACCUGGAAUUUAAAGAACCAAAGGAACAAGAAGCUGAGUCUUCCUCUAUGUUUGAUGAAUAUUUCCAGGAACGCGAGCAGGAAUGAAGAGUAACUCACUGUGAAUGUGUGACAGCAGGCAGUCACGUUGGCAGCACUGGCUGUACUGUGCUCCCAUAGGAAGCUGCUGCUUUUAAUUAAAUAGGUGCACUGGCUCUUUAUCAGGA